AUGUCAGCUUAUAAGCCUACUUAUCGUCAUAUGUGUGAAGUGUUAAUUUAUUAUUUUAAUAGUAACAAAACCGCCGCUAAUGCUCACCAAAUGCUCGUUCAAGCUUAUGGCAAGAAAAAAAGUAUAAGCAUUAGUAGAUGUUAUUUUUGGUAUGGACGCUUCAGGAGUGGUGAUUUUAACAUAGAAACACGUGGUAGAAAACACAUAGGAAAACGAGAUACAAAAUUAAUAGAACAAGAAAUAAUCCGCUUGUUUCAAAUAACCCCGCGUCCAACUCAAAAGGAUAUAGCAAAACAAUUGGGAAUAAGCGGAAACUGUGUUUCUUAUCACUUUAAACGUCUGGGAUUAAAUAAAGUAAUAAAUAAUGAAAAGUCUCUUUUGUUUCAUCAAAUUGUCCGCUUAAAACGUAGACAUCCACAUUUAUCUAAGCAGACCAUAGGAAGACUAUUUGGCCUAAGCGUAACUACAAUUUCUUAUUACUUACAUUGUAUGGAAGCACAUGACAAAUUAAUAGAACAAAACCAAGCAGCAGCAUUAGCAGGCAGUUUUGGCGGUGAAGCAAGCACUUGGGAAGCACAAGCAUUAGCAGGCAGUUUUGGCGGUGAAGCAAGCACUUGGGAAGCACAAGCAUUAGCAGGCAGUUUUGGCGGUGAAGCAAGCACUUCGGGAACACAAGCAUUAGNAGAAGAUUUGGAUUCAUUGAAUCCAACCCUGGCACCAGAACAUUUAGAAGAGAGAGAAAGAGGAUUGGCGAAUGAAUUUUUAGAAGAAGAAGAUGUGAUUUUUUUUCUAUUUAAGUUUAAUAAUCUUUGACACAAAAGCGACAACUAAU